AUGCCGCUACAACAGUUUUUAGCAAAUAAUGUCUUUAUUUAAUUUAGAAAUAAAACUUAAAGAAAAUAAUAUAAAUAAACAUCCGUGGGAAAGAUUUGUGAAAGAUGUGUAUUGUAAUAAAAUCAAAUAUGCUCACAACUCGGCAAAUAAUCCCCACUAUCCAAAACCGAAAGUCAAAAUGCCUCAUGCAGAUUGUGUCAAAUUUACUAUCAUUGGGAACAGAGUUACAAAAGAAUUUAAUUAUUGCGUUCACUUAAUAAAAGGAUUACACAAAUAUAGAUGGAAACAUUUUGAUUCCCCUGUUAUUAGAGGUGUAACUAGCGUGGAAUGGCCUACUGUAUGGAAUGAUUUAAAAAUUGCGCAUGGUGGGUUAGCAUAUUGUUUGAAAUCUCAAGUCGCCGUGCUUAUGAAUGACAAAUUUCUUGGUGGAGAAAAUGAACUUAAGGAGCUGAUUGAAAAGAAAUAUAUUUAUCAUUUUUCCUUAGACUAUUACAAAGAAGGCGUAACACAAUUCAUCACAUUUAUUAAAUCAUCUGGUAGACCAUGUGCUUACAUGCAUAUUUCUAUAAAUGAUAAACCUAUAGGUACGAUGAUAUUUAUGUUGUAUGCAGAUAUUGUACCCUACACUUGUGAAAAUUUUUUACGCCUUUGCAAAGCAAAGAAAGGUGGAUACAGCGGUACCCCCGUACACCGCAUAGUAAAGGAUUGCUGGAUACAGUGUGGAGGAUUUGGUCUGAAGAGCUCAGAUUUAGAUUGCGAGAACUUUAUUAUACCUCACGAUAGACGCGGUGUGAUUUGUAUGACUAAUGACGGAAGGCACGUAGACUGUUCAACACAAUUUUUCGUCUUAUUACAACCCGCUCCGUGGAUGGAACAUAAAUAUGUAGCUUUUGGACAAUUGAUCGAUGGAGACGAAACAUUGAAAAAGAUCGAAAGUGUACCGACAUCGUACGAAUCUCCAAAGGAGAACAUUAUAAUCUAUAAAAGCGGUAUUUUUAAUAUGGAAUGCCAAGAUAGUACAAUAAACAAAGGGACUAAGGCUUAUAUCCAGAGGCACAUAGAGGACCUCAUAGCUGUCGGAGAAUUAUUAUAUGAGGCACUGAUGGAAAAAGUAUUCUUAGAAAUAGAACUUAGGAUGAUUGCAGAAGAAAAAAUACCAGUUGAGGAUGAAGUUGGAGAAGAAAUCGAAGAUGCAGUAGGCAAUAUACGGGCUACUAAAAGAUUUAUCCGUAGAAAGGAAGACAUUGAAAAACAACUUUCGGAUAACCAACGCGGUACGUCGGUGGUAAGCGAGCCCGUCCACAAUGAUAUUGAGGAAAUAUGCGAAUAUGAAUUGGAAGAAUUUUCGUACCAGCAUGUCUCAUUGGAAGAUGCAGCAAGUAUAGAAGUAAAGCCAGAGAAGCCGUUUUAUUUUCCACUCACAGACGUGCCGUAUCCUGGUGAAGUCGAUUCCACUUAUGAUUUGAAGAAAUUUUUGAAAGGAGAUUAUUGUCUAGAAUCUGACCUCGAGCAUAGUGCCCCAAAGAAAUAUUCAGCUCAGAAAAGAAUUUCAUAUCCUUCAAAAAUGUUUACUUUGCCAAAUGAUGCGGAAUCUGAAUCAUCGGAAUCUCUGGACUCUGAAGACGAGAGAGAAAUUCAAAAAUAUCUCAAACAAAACAUGGAUCGAGUAAGUUUCGCUGGAGAGGUCAUAAAAGGAAUUGCAAAAGGCGUUACUCAGUUAAACGACUUUGAAAAUAGCAAAAAGUCAGAGGUAGUAACUGACGAGAAACUAAGGAGAAUCAGAUUACAGUCAGCGGAUGUACGGGCCCGUAAUACGCAAGAAAAAAAGGUGUCAAUUAGUGUACCAACUACAGACACUGGGAUACAUCAAACGAUAAAGCGGAGACAAACUGGCUUUGUGCGACCAGAGGAUUUGGAAAAGAUACAUGUAAUAAAUAAGUCCGACGAAUUUUCUCCCGACGAAGAGGACGAAUUUACGACGCGAAAAGUCCGUAUAGCGCCAUCAGCAGUAGGUCAGCCAGCUCCUCAUGCGACGCGACGACCCACCGACUUUGUGCGUGCGGCGGAUAUCGUCGAUUCAGAUACACAAGUACAACGACCGUCAGUACUGCAAAGGCUGUACGAUGAUGUCACUCUAACUGACGAUUUCGGACCCACUUUGAAGGAUUAUAGACCAAUGUCCGAAAUGCGACAAAAAAGUAUUCUCUUAACAUAUUCGCCAAAUUGUCGAAUCAAGAGCGAAGACAGCAGAGAGAGGUAUCUCCGCCAUUCGCUUACUAUAGAGGACGAUUCUAUAGAGCACGUUCUUAACUUGCAACACGGCAAAAAGGUCGCCCGUAAAAUCUCUUCAGAUUACGUGAAGACCAUAGACCAAAUGGAGCAUAAACUAGAAAAUUCUAUACGAAGCGUAGAGUAUGCUAAGACACGUCCAGCGAUGUCCGUAUCCGAGUAUCAACUGAAGAAUCAGAAGUACCAAGAAGGACUGAGGGCGUCGAAAGUAAAGGUGAAAACUAUUAGAAAAGGUUCAGAAGAUAGAGGGCAGCUAUAUGGAUUACGAUUACCCGGCGACACACCACUUUACUCGUUAUCAGAUGAUUAAGAUUGACACUUCGCAAAUUCUGACAAUAAAGACAUUACAUCGAGGUAUAUAUUUUUUUACUAAUAUUGUCAAUAUUAUAGAUAUAUUUUAUAUUAAAUUUUAGUGUUUAUAAUAUUUUGUUUCAAUUGAUUAUCAACUGUUAUUUGUGGCCACUAUAAGGAAGACAUAAAUACAUUAUUACAAAAUAAAUCUUAAGCCUGAUCUUCUACAGUUCUUUCUUAUGUAUCCAGUAAAUGGACUUAUUCCUUUACAUUAACUUAAGAAAACAGACUCUAAAACUCAUUUUAUCUGUUUUAAUGAAAAAAAAAAAUGUGGGAUUGAAAACUAGAAUAAUCAUAAUAAAAACAGUUUAAUAACACUGAAAUAGUACAUAAAAUUUUCCACCGAAAUAUAUUAAUAUUACUACAUACAAUAUAGUUACAUUAUCACAAUGUUACAUUAUGUACAACCGACUGUGUUCUGAGGUGUGCACUACGAUGAAAUUCGCGAUUACACUAUGCACUUACAGCACUAAUUACAAGGCCAAAGUGGUUUUAUGAGCCGAUAAACGGUAGAAUUUAUUUAUUUACAUGUCAGUUUGCAGUCAAGUUCAGCCAUGUCCAAUUGGCCCAAUGAACAAUUGUCAACCCUACAAUUUCAUUAAUGAAAUCAUGAUAGUGGCACUACGGUUGCCGACUAGCAUUAUCACAUAGUUCCAAUGAAUGUAUUACAUCUAGAUAGCACCAUGGCCGUGUCCAUGGCCAAAAGCGCUAACUCCUUCAGUCUGGCUGGGAGCGGUUUCACUAUUAUUGUUAUUUCCUUCACCAUUGUUGUUGUCAUUACCAUUUCUGCUCUCCAAUUGUUGUUGCCACAUUCCCGCGUAAAAACCAUUUUGGGCAAGCAGAGUUUCAUGACUGAAAAAAUAAGACAGUUACAGUUAUUUCAUAAGACUAUAUUUUUCUUAUACUUCUUUCUACUGAUUAAUCCAUUUGAACAGUUUAACAGUUUUCGUUUCAGUUGAUAAUUUAUGAACCAGAAAAAAACGCACUUUGUUAACUGUUACCACAGAGGUAAAUAAUAUUCUAUAUUUGUUCAUAUUUUUAUAGGAACACUAAGAGCAUAUUACAUUAUAACACAUAUAACAAACAUUAAAUACAAAACAAUAUUAAUGCACAUGCCUAUUAAAGGUAUUCACAGCAUUUGCUUUAACAUAUAAUCUCAUAAAUAAAUAAAUGUGUUCACAUUUUUAAGCGCUAUCACCUACAUCUUUUUUUUGACACUGUUGUUAUAAUAGUUCCGUUACGUUAAAAGGUAACAGUUACCACUUUACUUAAGGUAGGUUAGCUUAUUCUAAAUCAGCUUAUUCUAAAUUACAUAAAAAUAUAUAUUUAUGAAUAACAACAAACAUUCAAACAUAUACUCACUUUCCUCUUUCAAUGAUUUCUCCAUCUUUGAGUACAAGGAUUUCGUCAGCGUGAAUAAUGGUAGAUAACCUAUGUGCUAUUAUUAGCGUAGUCCUAUUAGCACAUACGCGAGCUAGCGCAGCCUGAAAAUUUAUAUUUAAUGUUUAUAAACUAUAGAUACAAACAAAAUAGCGAGCUGAAGAUAGAAAUAUGAUGAUAAAAGUAGAUAUCUUUAGGAAAUGCAAAACUGGUUGUGAAUAUAAGUUGUGUAAAUUGCAGAAAUGAAUAUUAAAAUGUAUCUAAAAAGUUAUGAAUUGGUAACAAUUUCACACCAAUCCUAAAAGUGUUAGAACAUUGUGUUCUAACACUUUUUGUGCUACUUAUUUCCAAAAUUAAAUAAUCGAGAACUAAAUGUAAAAUACAAAUAAUAUAAUUUUUCUGUAAUAUCAAAUUGAAAUUAUAGUAUUGGAGAUAGAGAAUAAUAUAGUGCCUUAUAAUCGAGCUCAUUCAUCAUCAUAAAUUUUUUGGGGUAGGCAUAAUGAUUUUAUUCAUAUUACACAAGGCUUAGGCUAUUGAUUUUAUGACCUACUUAGAUUUAAUAAUAUGAUAGCUAUGUUAUUGAUACUUGUAACAACUAAAUAUGCAAACAUGUGAUUUGUCAGGAUAAUAAAAUACUGUUUACUCUCUUUUCA